GCCAAUACAAUUUUCGGGUUCUCGUGACCUGAAUUGCCAUUCAAACUUUAUCCGCUUUGUUUACACUCAAAUACAGAAAAACAUUCACAAUACAAAGAGAGUUAUAUUUAAAUGUACUUGGCCUGAGCCAUAACAAAUGUAGUCACGAGUUUAUGAGAGAUGUAUAUCUUGAGUUAAAUAUCGGGGUUCAUUACUCUUUCUGAUUCGGAUUACUCAGAGAACCAUUGGCACUGUUUGGUGUUGAGACACAGUGUACAUACAUCGCCUUGGAGUAACUUUUCAAAACUUACAACAAGAUUCUACAAGUGUCUCAGGAAACAGCUAACAUGGUUCUAAGAGUUAUAUUAGCAUAUGCAAUGAUCGCUCCCAUGCAAGCAUCGUCUUUGAAGUUUGUUCCACGAGUGCUCAGAGACCAGACAUUCUGUGACCCCAGAGAACUGAUCAAACAACACGAGCCAAACAUGAUGUGCAUGUUUCUAGAUUCAUCUGGUGUUAUGCGUAUUGGUAGGGGAUUUAACUUACAAUCAACUGGUGCUGAGCUAGCCUUUGAUUCGGUUGGCGGACUUUAUCAACAUACAAUCAAGGGACAAAGUACGAAACUAGGAGAUAAAUGUGACUGUAGUUCCGUAGCUUGUAUCAAUCAAACUCAAGCAGACGAGUUAUUCGUAAUCUCACUGAUACAGUCUAUUGAUAUCUCAAAGACAGUGUUCUCAAACUUUGAGCUGAUGUGUUGCGAUGUACAGAAUGCAGUAGUUGAUAUCACGUUCAGUAUGGGAGAGGAUCUUCUUGAACAAUACGUAGACUUUAACUCAUAUGUAACGGGGUCAAAUUGGGAUGCGGCCUCGGACUACAUGUCCUUAUCAAAAUUCUGUUUUGACGAAUCAACCUCAAAACGCUGUCAAGAUGACGUAGGUCUACUCAAGAAUGGCUGCCCGUGUAACCAACAAGAGCAAAAAUGUUCAGGUCAUAAUGCCUGUUGUGAUGGAGAGGCGGCUACCUGCUGCGAAGCUGAAAUUAGUUUCCAUGGAGUGAAAACCAAGAAUAUCACAGAAGCUUGGUGCUGUGGAUUGAAAGACGCAAUAUGCUGUCCAGUUCCGAACAAAAAUAGCUGCUGUUCAAAAGGUUUUCCCCAUUGUUGUCACGACAACGGUGGCGUCUACACAUGCUGUUCCGACAAAUGGCCUGUGUGUUGCCCCCGAGGGUUGAACUUCUGUUGCAAUAGUGAAUACCCCAUAUGCAAGCCAGGGGGAUGCCAUAAAACUUCAGGAGAGAGGAUGCCAAGUUUCCUACAGGGUAAUGGAAUGAUGCGGUCGGGUGCAGCGUGGCCUUGAUCUUUGAACUUUUUGUGGCCUUGAACUGCUGUUCCAAUACCUUCUCUAUCGAUUAGAACAUAGAAGCACAUAACAAACAACUUCAAUAUUUCGAUAAAUACCUACACGAUAUUUAUUAAAAUAUCAUAAAUCCAUAUAUACAUUUACAAGUUCCAUAGAUGGAUUAUUGUAGAUAAACAAUAUAUAUCUAUGUCUGCAUUUUUGAAAUCUCAAGUACAUGUAAUGACAGUAUCUAAAUUAUGUUAUAUACAUGUAUUUAUCUCAACAACUAAUUUAAUAUAUUAUCAUUUAUUUCGCAU